AAGUUAUAACCAUAAACCAGCUGUCUUGUGUAAUGAUUUAAAGCAUCAUCAAUUCAAGUUGGACAUUUUUUCUCAUUUCACUUUUGCUUUUCAAAUUCAGUACCAUCACACCAUGGGAAUCUGCUCGGGUUCGUCUGUUCAGAUUAUUAAUUUCUCUCUCUCCCCUUAUUAGAGACCAUUAUUGCGUCUUUUCUAUUCGAUAAGUAGUUCUUCAGUGGUUUUAUAAAGUGCACGAACUGCGAUAACCACACCGCUCCUUCGAUUCGUUUUCUCCACUAGCAGGCAGCAGCCAUGGGAAUCAGAUUGUUUCUUGUAUUGGCCGUUUUUCUAUUCUGCCUUGCAGAGGUUUCAUCUGAUCUCAAGACAGACCCAGAAGUGGCUCACACUACCCAGCAGAUUGGUGUUAGAGGUGGAAACAGGAGGCUCAUGCAAGGAAUAGAUUGUGGAGGGCUAUGCAAGCGGAGAUGCAGCCUUCACUCAAGACCUAAAUUGUGCACCAGGGCAUGUGGCACGUGCUGUGUGAGGUGCAAGUGUGUGCCACCAGGGACUUCAGGGAACAGAGAAGUUUGUGGAAAAUGCUACACACAGAUGAUCACCCAUGGAAACAAGACCAAGUGCCCUUAGGCUGCAUAGCUUCUCUUCCUUUGGAGUGUGCGACAGUACAUGUAAAAUAUUUAAUGGUGGAUUGGGCUAUCUGCUGUUUAUCUUUUAGGAUUCUCUGCAACUUUCAGCUCCAGCGCAGAUGAGUUGGGCUGAUGGGCUUUCUGAUAAUGUGUUUUGACUCUUUAGCUCUCUUUCUUAUUAAAUCUAUCAUAAUUGCAUCACUUUUUCUUUUUAAA